GGGGCAGGCGGCUCGCACGGCCGCUGCGCUCCCCCAGCCCCCGCCUGCGAACAGGAGGACGAAGAAGAAGGGGGGGCCCGAUCUGCUUUCUCCCCCCCCGCCGCCGCCUCCCCGACCCCCGAUGUGAUCCCGCCGGGACGAUGCUGCCGCUGCUGCCGCUGCUGCUGUUGGGCGCCCCGGGGCUGAGCCUGCCCCUGGACGACACCGAGGUGGUGACCCCGCUCCGCCUGGACCCGGACAUCAACGGCAGAUCCUACUUCAGGCGGGGGCCCGCCGAGCCGCCCCGGGGGGGGCAGGCGGUGGUUUUCCAGCUCUCGGCUUUCGGGGAGGAUUUCUACCUCCACCUCACCCCCGAUGCUCACUUCAUCGCUCCCGCCUUCGCCGCUCAUUACCUGGGGGCCGCCGCCCGCCCCGGCCCCGGCCUCCGGCACUGCUUUUAUUCAGGGGAUGUCAACGCCGACCGGGAGUCUUUCGCCGCCCUCAGUCUUUGCGGGGGGCUCCGGGGGGCUUUCGGCUACCGAGGAGCCGAGUACAUCAUCAGCCCGCUGGCUGGGGGCGCAGCCGGCGGGGCGCACCGCCUCCAGCGCCGCAGCCCCGGCCGCCCCGUCGGGGCCGGAGCAUCCCGCUGCGCCGUGGGCUCCGGGCUCACCCCCGGCGUGCUGCAGGCGCUGGAUAAGUACCGGGGACGCGGAGGGGGGAAAGGGGGUCGGGCCAAGCGCUUUGCCUCGGUCCCCCGGUAUGUGGAGACCUUGGUGGUGGCUGAUGAGUCGAUGGUGAAGUUCCAUGGGGAUGAUCUCCAGCACUACCUGCUCACGCUGAUGGCCACGGCCGCCCGCCUCUACAAGCACCCCAGCAUCCGGAACCCCAUCCAGAUCUCCGUGGUCAAGUUCCUCCUCAUUGGGCAGGAUGAUAAAGGGCCCAAAGUGACCGGGAAUGCCGCCCUCACCCUCCGCAACUUCUGUGCCUGGCAGAAGAAGUGGAACAAGGUCAGCGACAAGCACCCCGAGUACUGGGACACCGCCAUCCUCUUCACCAAGCAGGACCUGUGUGGUGCCACCACGUGCGACACUCUGGGCAUGGCGGAUGUGGGUACCAUGUGUGACCCCAAGCGGAGCUGCUCUGUCAUCGAGGACGAUGGGCUGCCUUCGGCUUUCACCACUGCCCAUGAGCUGGGCCACGUCUUCAACAUGCCCCAUGACAAUGUGAAGGCUUGUGAGGAGGUCUUCGGCCGGCUGAAGACCAACCACAUGAUGUCCCCCACCCUCAUCCAGAUCGACCGUGCCAACCCCUGGUCAGCCUGCAGCGCUGCCAUCAUCACCGACUUCCUCGACAGCGGCCAUGGAGACUGCUUGCUGGACCAGCCUGCCAAGCCCAUCCCGCUGCCCGAAGACCUGCCGGGGACGAGCUACAGCCUGAACCAGCAGUGCGAGCUGGCCUUCGGGGUGGGCUCCAAGCCCUGCCCCUACAUGCAGUACUGCGCCAAGCUGUGGUGCACGGGCAAGGCACGGGGCCAGAUCGUCUGCCAGACCCGGCACUUCCCCUGGGCCGACGGCACGAGCUGCGGCGAGGGGCGCUUCUGCCUCAAGGGCUCCUGUGUUGAGAGGCAUAACAUCAGUAAGUACAGGGUGGAUGGUGGCUGGGCCAAGUGGGCGCCCUAUGGGCAGUGCUCGAGGACGUGUGGUGGAGGGGUGCAGCUGGCCAAGCGGGAGUGCACCCACCCCGUGCCUGCCAACGGGGGCUCCUACUGCGAGGGCAUCCGCGUCAAGUACCGCUCCUGCAACCUGGAGCCCUGCUCUGCUGCAGUGCCGGGAAAGAGCUUCCGUGAGGAGCAGUGUGAGGCCUUCAACGGAUACAGCCACAGCACCAACCGCCUCACCACAUCCGUCUCCUGGGUCCCCAAAUACUCCGGUGUCUCCCCCCGGGAUAAAUGCAAACUCAUCUGCCGAGCUAAUGGCACCGGUUACUUCUACGUGCUGGCACCCAAGGUUGUGGAUGGGACCCCUUGCUCCCCAGACUCCACCUCGGUCUGUGUCCAGGGCAAAUGCAUCAAAGCAGGUUGUGAUGGGAAGCUGGGCUCCAAGAAGAAGUUUGACAAGUGCAGUGUCUGUGGAGGAGACAACAAGAGCUGCAAGAAGGUCUCAGGCUUGUUCACCAAACCCAUGCACGGCUACAACUUCGUGGUGGUCAUCCCCGCGGGGGCCUCCAACAUCGACAUCAGGCAGCGGGGCUACAAGGGGCUCAUCAGCGACGACAACUACCUGGCGCUGAAGAACGGGCAGGGCAAGUACCUGCUGAACGGGCACUUCAUCGUCUCGGCGGUGGAGAGGGACCUGAUGGUGAAGGGCAGCGUCCUGCGGUACAGUGGCACCGGCACCGCCGUCGAGAGCCUCCAGGCCUUCAAACCCAUCCAGGAGCCCCUGACUCUGGAGGUGCUCUCCGUGGGGAAGAUGACCCCUCCCCGGGUGCGCUACUCCUUCUACCUCCCCAAGGAGAGCAAGGAGGACAAAGCCUCCUACAGGAAGGAGGGCAGGACCCCGCCGGACCUCAACAACAGCGUCCUCAGCCUGUCCAACCGCCUGGAUGGCGGGAGGCCGAGCUACAAACGUCCCUCCUACAAGUGGGCAGCGGGCGGAUGGGAAGCGUGCUCCGUCACCUGCGGCGAUGGGCUGCAGAAGCGCUCGGUGGCUUGUCAUGACUCCUAUGGGCAACCCGCGGCCGAGUGCGAUGCUGCGCAGCGCCCGGCUGAGGUCCGGCUCUGCGGGGAGCCCUGCCCCGCCUGGGAUGCUGGACCAUGGUCACCCUGCUCCAAGAGCUGUGGUCGCGGGUUCAAGAGGCGGGCGCUGAAGUGCUCGGUCCCAGCCGGGCGCCUGCUCCCGCGGGAGAGCUGCAAUUCCCGGAGGAAGCCCCAGGAGCUGGAUUUCUGCACCUUGAGGCCGUGCUGAGCAGGUUCCGGGGUGCUGUGUGAGGAAGGGCAUGGUGCUUCUCUGGCUGGGUGCGGCUGAGGAGCAGCCAGGGGUGGGGAUGGGGGAGAUGUCCAUAGCACAUAGAAAACAGGGGGGGGAAAGGAAUAAAACGGGGGAAAACCAAAGGGACCGGGUGUGGGGACAGAGCACACACACCCCAUGGGUCUGAGAGGGAUGUCACCGACCAGGUCGCUCGGAGACAGAGGAGGAACAAACAUCUACCUCGAAGCUGCUGAAUGACGCGGAAACCCAUCGGCAGAGGCUGGGAUCAGGAAGGAAACACAGAUGGGAACGAGGAGGAUCACUGCCCGGGAUGGAUCUGAGUACAGGGAGAUGCCCCUAUAUUGCACAGCCAAAGCCUCCCCUGUCUUCCCAGGGCCCAGCCUACCUCCCCCCUCCUUGGGCUCCCCCAACACUUGUGCUCAAUGGGACCAAAAAAGAUUUAUCAAUGCAAUGAUGGCAACUGACAUUGUCCAACCACCAAGGUGCUGGGACUGAUGCUUCCACUGGUGAGGACUCUGCUGCCUGGGGUGGUCCUUCGAGCCCCAGCAGCAUCCCUGGGCCAGGCUGGAAGGUGUUGGCUUUAUUGUGGUUUUCUUCUCAUGUUUAUGACCUGACCAGUGUAGAUUUUAUGGUGCUUAACUCUGUAUUGUUUUAACCUCCUUCCUUCCCCCUCCAUCCCAAUGGAUGUAAACCUUGUGGAGAGGUAUUCCCAGUGGGCUCUCACACCUGGAUGAGGGUUCCCUAUGGUGCUUUGGGAUGGGGCUGUGUGAGCAUCCUGUGUGUAGCUGGAUGCUCCUUCACACCCUGAUCCAGGGCAGGUUCUAAACCACCCGCCUUAAGCUUUUCAGGGUUCAAAGGGAUCACUCUGGACCUGAGAUUGGAGCUGUCAUCCCAAACCAAGCAACUGUACUGUAGUGUAUGGGGCCAGACACAGCCCCACCAGCCACUGGUACUUGACUCCGCUCUGGAAAUGGUGCUCACUGCUUAAUGGGACCAAUAUGCUGUGCACAGAGAGCCCACUGCCCUCCAGCCAGGAGGGCCAGGACGGGUUAUGUUUCCUCUGCAUUAAGCCCCUCUGAGACAUCCUGAGCUGAGCAGAGCUGGGGGGAUCCCUCCAGCAUCACUUGAGCUGUGGCAGUGGAGGAUAAACCGGGUUUUCCUGUGGGAAAGGGGCUCAGUGGGGUAUGGACAUGCAGAAGGCAGCUUUGAACCUCUUGUUACAACCAGUUUCCCCCUCCAGGGUUUCAUGCAGGGUUUAUUCCGUACCUCGGAUAUAGCACCGUGCCCAUUGCGGCUGGAGGUGACCAUUCAACACAUCACUCGGGUCUUUUACUCAGAUCAAAUCAUCAGGGACCACUUCACUGGUGAAGGUGUCUCUGAACCCAUUAGCUGUGACUGGGAGUAAGCCAGAGCCCCUGUGUUGAGUGAUGCACUUACUGGGAGCAGCAGGAAGGAGCUAUAGGGAGGACACACAGGUGACAGGGAGGCAGAAGAUGCUGUCUCAGCCGCUAGAGGCUUGCUCGGUCCCAUGCAGGUGUAGCAUGGAAACUCCUUGUGCCCUUUCUGCCCCAAUAUUGUGGGCAAGGGGAAGAAGAUCACAAGGGACAGGACAGAGGGAGCACAAGGAUUCCCUUGCUAGACCUUUCCAUCAGGAUUCCCUUGCUAGACCUUUCCAUCAGCUUACAAACUCCUCAUGACAACGUUUGGGGAGCCAUCCUCAUGGACUGGCAUAGUGCCUUUUGAACACAGGAAUGUUCUGGGCCUACACACUGCUUGAUAGAGUCAUGGAAUGAUCUGGGUUGGAAAGGACCUUAAGAUCACCCAGUUCCUACUCCCUGCCAUGGGCAGGGAUGCCUCACACUAGACCAUGUCAGGAGCAGAUGCUGUGGUUGCCCUGUGGAAUGGGAUUCCAUGUUCUAGCAAAUCCAGAACUCCAUUCCCACUACUCCCAGGUCUCCAUUCCCAUCAUCAGAUCCAUUCUGGAGGGUUUUCCUGCAUAGCCAAGCUUUCAUUUGGGGACAGAGCUCUGAGGACCUGCCCUUUUGUCUCUUGCUACCCCAAGAGAUGGUUUCCAAGCCACUGAGAACCUGUCACCCUUGUCUGUGGGGAGGGGAAGGACUCUUUGUGUGUGGUUCUUUUGCCAAGUGUGCAGCAAAAGGAUGGAGAUGCCACUCGGACUGGCUGCUUUGUGUAUACCAUGUAUACUGAACACCGAUCUCUGCUGUUCGUGCCGCGAUAGCAAACCUGAAAUAAACUGUAUUUAAAGUCA